CUACAAUUACUCUUACCUCACCCAGACCACUGAUGCACAGGUGUGCGGGAGAAAACGUAGACUUCCAGCAUUCUCCAUGUCUCCUCCACUGAGUCCGGGAAUCCGUGACCCAGUGCGGAACGUUACACGGCCUCUCAGCUUUCCGGCGACAUGGCCCACGGACACGGACAUGAACAUGGUCAUAGCAAACUAAAACUUCCAGAUUAUAAACAAUGGAAGAUAGAAGGGACGCCAUUAGAAACUGUCCAGGAGAAGCUGGCUGCACGAGGGCUAAGGGAUCCCUGGGGCCGCAAUGAAGCUUGGAGAUACAUGGGUGGCUUUGCAAACAAUGUUUCCUUUGUUGGCGCGUUAUUAAAAGGAUUCAAAUGGGGAUUUGCUGCAUUUGUGAUAGCUGUAGGGGCUGAAUACUACCUGGAGUCCCAGGAUAAGGAUAAGAAGCAUCAUUGAAGAUAACACCUGAAAGUAUCUUAAAGGCUUCUUAACUCUUCUAUAAAAAUAAGAUUUCUUCAGUGUAGCCUACUUGUCUGUGUGUUUUUCCCUAAGAAUACUAGUAAGAUUUAAUAAAGUAAGAAUACAUGUG